AUGCCUAGCAAGCCAUCUUCCGCGACCAAGCAGUCGACGCUGCUUGGCUUCUUCUCCAAGGCUCCUGCGCCUCAGGGACCAGCUUCCGCAUCACCAGCAUCCCAGCAGAAGGCGGCUGCAAAGCCCCCUUCCGCACAGACGGCUCAGCCGAAGACGAAUGGAAAAGACGCGUCCAAGUCGUCGCCGAAGAUGGCCAAAGCUCAGCCUCUCGAGACGCCUCCACCAAGCGAGUCCAGAUCGAGCACUCGCGCUUCUCGACAACCACCAAGUGAUGCCACUGAAAGCGAGGCUGCUCGACCACCCUCAUCUUCCCCCACUUUUCAUUGCUCGAGCUCCCUGUCCACCGACAGCCUUAUCCCCACCACACAAGCUGCUCCAAGACCACCACACAAGUCUUCCGACUCGGACGACCUCACGCCGCCCCCGAGCAGCGACAUUGACAACAUGGAUGUCGACGAGUACGACGAAGACACCGAGCAGCCGCUCUUCCGUCGCCGGGCUGCAGCCAAACGGCCCGUGACGUACGCAGAAUCCGACUCGGAGGGCGGCGCCGCCGUCGACACGGACAGCGAAGACGAGCUGCCCCGAUCCGCCAAGAGCCGCAAGGCCAGUGCAGCCAAGCGAGCUCGCAAGACGCGCGACGAGGAUGACUUCAUCGUUCCUGACGAUCACGACGAGGACGAGGAAGAGCUACCCUUGGACGCAGCUAAUGCAUCCGAAGACGAUGACAACGGCGACGCUGCCCUUGCCAGCGAACCUGGCAGCGAUGCAGACGAUGACGGCAAACCAUCGAAACGCGGAAAGACCAGCGCAAACAACAAAAAGGCACCCGCCACCUCUUUCUCCCGAUCCAUCGGCUCCAACUCAACACUCAACUCGUUCCAGCUGGGCAGAAUCUCGUCUGCGUCAGCAUCGCCCAGCUCUUUUCUGCACGUCGGCGCCAGCAAUGGCACUGCCCGCGCCGGCCCUUCCGCUGCCUCCCUCUCCCACCUCACCAAAGCAGAACGCCGAGUCAUCGAAGAGAAGCGCAAGAAGGCCGAGAACGAAGAGGCGUACAGCUUCCUGCUCGAUUUGCGCGACAAGGACGGCAACCGUCCUGGCGACGUCGAAUAUGACUCGCGCACCGUCUACAUUCCCAGGUCGGCCUGGAAGGACUUCACGCCCUUCGAGAGGCAAUUCUGGGAGAUCAAGCAGAACCAUUGGGACACGGUGCUUUUCUUCCAAAAGGGCAAAUUCUAUGAGCUCUACGAGGAAGACGCGCUGAUCGGCCAUCGCGAGUUCGACCUCAAGCUCACCGACAGAGUCAAGAUGAAGAUGGUUGGCGUGCCUGAAUCUUCGUUCGACAUCUUCGCCGCUAAGUUCCUCGCUCUCGGAUACAAGGUCGGCCGCGUCGACCAGACCGAGACUGCCGUGGCCAAGGGCAUGCGCGUGGGCGAACGUUCCCGGGGUGGUGGCUCCGAGAUUGUCAACCGCGAGCUCCGACACGUGUUGACCAGCGGCACCAUCGUCGACGCUGCCUCGCUGCCCGACGACCUCAACAGCUACUGCGUGUCGAUCAAGGAAUCCGCUACGCCUGGCCGCAACGGUCCCAUUUUUGGCGUGUGUACGCUCGACGCUGCCACCGCCGAGUUCAACUUGACCGAGUUUGAGGACGACGAGUCGAGGACUAGGCUCGAGACCUUGCUCCGUUCGCUUCGUCUCAAGGAGGUCCUCCACGAGAAGGGAGGGCUUUCGGCCCCAACGCUGCGCGUCCUGCGCAGCACCGUUCCCAGCACGGCGCAGACCACCAUGCUCAAGCCUGGUGUCGAGUUCUUGGAGCCCGAGAGCACACUGCGCAAGCUCAACGCCCUCUUCAAUCCCAACGUGGACGCCGAAGCUUGUCUUGAUUCGCUCGAUCCCGUCGACCCAGCCUUACUGCCCGAGGGCAUCACAUCCAUGGUGGAUCGAGCCUGCGCCAUGUCGGCGCUUGGCGGCAUGCUGUGCUACCUGGCCCAACUCAACCUCGACCGCGAUCUGUGCUCCAGCCGCAACUUCAACAUCUUUGACCCGCUGCGCCAAGACAAGUGCCUCGUGCUCGAUGCGCAGUCGCUCACCCACCUCAACGUGCUGCAGAACGACGAGGGUACGGACGAGGGCACACUCCACCGCCUGCUCAACCGCUGCGUGACCCCCUCUGGAAAGCGUCUCUUCAAACUCUGGCUUGUCGCCCCGCUUGCGACCGCCGACACCAUUCGAGCGCGCCAGGACGCAGUCGAAGACCUGCUCAAGAACCCAUGCUUUGGCGACGAGUUCGAGACGUUCGGCAAAGCCGUCCCUGACAUCGAGCGCAUCGUGCCGCGCGUCCGUGCUGGCAAGUGCCGUCCUCGCGACUUCACCGCAGUGCUCAAGUCGCUGGCCCGCUUCGAAAAGGCGGUCAAGCAGCUUCGUUCUCAGUGCCAAAGCUUCGAGACCGCGGUGAUCGAUACUCUGCUGCAGUCCAUCCCGCCCGUGUCUACGAUGGCGCGCGAAUUGCAGUCGAGCUUCAGGGUCACCGAGGAUGGCUCGUUCCAUCCCAUCGAGGGCGCCUUCGAACCGUACGACCGUGCCGAGACCGCCAUCGCCGAGGUCGAGGCACAGCUCGAGCACGAGAUCGAGACGUACCGCAAGCAGCUCAAGCUCAAUGCCUCCAAGUGUGCCUGGAAGCAUCUCGGCACCAAGGACAUCUUCCAGAUUGAGGUGCCCGUCGCCGUCAAAGUGCCCAGCAACUGGACCAAGCUUAGCGGCACCAAGGACCGAAACCGCUGGUAUUCGCCCAAGGUGCGCGAUCUCGUCCAAGACAUCAAGGAGGCACGCGAGACUCGGCUUGCCGCACUCAAGCAGUUCCACCAGAGCCUGUUUGCCAGCUUUGCCGACCAGAGCGAUGUGUUCCUCCAGGCUGUCAAGACGUUGGCCGAAAUCGACUGCCUGCUCUCGCUGGCCAAGGCGUCGUACGCGAUCGGCGAGCCCUCGUGCCGACCCGAGCUGGUCGAGCACGAGACGGCGCUGCUCGAGUUCGAAGAGCUGCGUCACCCGUGCAUCGCUGGCGACAAUGUCGAGUUCAUUCCCAACGACAUCCGACUCGGCGGUGAGAGUGACGAGGUGGUCAUCUUGACGGGCGGAAACAUGGCGGGUAAGAGCACUACCGCACGCACCAGCGCGACGGCCGUGAUUCUUGCUCAGCUGGGCUGUCGAGUGCCGGCUUCACGCGCACGCCUCUCGCCCGUGGACCGCAUCGCCUCGCGCAUGGGUGCCAACGACCAAAUCUUCCGCAACAACAGUACGUUCAUGGUCGAGAUGCUCGAGGCUUCGCGCAUCAUCAGCGAGUGUACGCCGCGCUCGCUCGUCAUCAUGGAUGAGCUGGGACGAGGGACUAGCACGUUUGAUGGGCAGGCGAUCGCGUUUGCUGUGCUGCAUCACCUGGUCAGCCGCACGCGGUGCUUGACCUUCUUCCUGACCCACUACACCAACUUGGCGUACGACUUCAACUCCUACUCGCGCGUCAGCAAUAAGCACAUGCAGGUGCUGGUCGACGAUGGCAAGCGCGAGGUCAUUUUCACAUACCGUCUCGUGGAUGGCAUCGCCGAGUCUUCAUACGGUACGCAGGUGGCCGCGCUGGCCGGCGUGCCGCACGAGAUCUGCGAUCGCGCCGCUGCCGUUUCAAAGCAGUUUGCGGAAGCCACCAAGGCGAGCCAGGCCGAGAAGAACAAGAGCGCGAUCCCUCUCGCCCUGCUGAGCGACUUUGUGCACCUCUUCAAGCUGGCCGGGGAGCCGACGCCCGCUUCCAGCGACCGCAAUGCCGAAGCCAAAGCGCUGACCACGCUCUCGCAGCUCGACAUCAUUCGCUCUCAAGUAGCUGCUCUGGCUCAAGCAGGAUCUGCCGCCAAGUCACUCCCUAGCCCACUUCCAACUUUGACCUCUGUCGACUCAGAGGACGAGAUGGCGGUUGACGAUCAGCAAGACGAGCCCGCCCGCCUGCUUCCGCCGGCGGUAAAAAAGAUCACCACGUACGCUGGACGCAGUCGGCGCGCCGUGACGGAGGAUGUCGAGCAGCAGCCUCUUUGCUUUUCGAGUCGGGAGGACGAGGACGACGAGGAGGCGAUGCCGAAAGCUGCCAGCAGUCCGAUUCUGUCGUCGGUGCAUACUCCGCUCUUCCCCACGAUGCGUCAUUCGAAGCCAUCAGCACGCAAGACGCAAUCGAAAGCAGUGAAAGCAGCGACACCCGCACUUGCACGAGAGCCGGAACAACUCAUCUUGGACUUGGGACAGCGGAUCCGGAUCCGUUGCAACGAAUGCGAUAUGCAGUACGACACGUCCUCGGCGGAAGACUGCACGCUGCAUGCGCGUCAUCACGAACGCACAGUGAAAGGUCUCGACUGGAGCGCCAAAGCGUUGACCGUGUCAGGCGAGAUGGCGUCGCAGCUCACGUUGUCGAGACGCAGGGGACGCGGCAAAGCAGUGCUAAGCGGUAAGCAGAGUGCCGCGGGCAGUGGUAGCGAGGCUGGCCAACCAGAGUCGAUCGUGAUCCGAUGCUACGACAUGGCGGCGUUGAAGGACGCCACAGCGACGAGGAAGAUCAACGAGCUGCUGCAGACGGUGGAUGACGCGCUGGGGGCUGCUCCGGUCAGUGUUUCGGAGAUUCAAGGAUGCAAAGUUCUCGUCGCGAUUUGCGCUGGUCGAGCAGCCGGUGCGGCUGUCGUCGGGCGCAUUCCCGCGGGUCACGCGCGGGAAGUGCUUCCCUCGAGCGGCAACAAGGAGAACGAUGCCGUUGAUGCCAGUUCGGCCGUCGACGAUGCCGGAGCAGCAGCCUCCAAGCUGCGUGCUACCACCGUGUGGAACGACGCCGGCGACGCCAUCUUUGUCUCUGACGCCUUACCCUCGUCCAAGACACCACCCAUAGGGGUGUUCCGCAUCCACGUCAUCCCUGGCUGGAGACGCACGGGCAUGGCGAGUGCUCUGCUGGAUGCAGCGGCGGACAACAGCGUGUAUGGAUUCGAUCUGGAUGGGCUCGUCAAGACGUACGGAAGCAGAGCGAGGUCGGUUGCGUUUAGCCAGCCGACGGAGGCCGGAAGGAAGCUGGCAGAGGCAUGGAUCCGUAAGGACGCGACGAAUGCUGCGGCACGACUCGUCGUGUUCGAAGCUUGA